ACUGAGCGGCCAGGCUGACCUGCACGCAGGCGCAUUGGAGGCCGCCGGGAGCGCUUCCGCCUCCCCGCCGUCGCCAUGGCCGCGCCGGCUCCGGGCUUCAUCUCGGUCUUCUCGAGCCCGCAGGAGCUAGGCGCAUCGCUGGCGCAACUGGUGGCGCAGCGGGCCGCGUGCUGCCUGGCGGGGGCCCGCGCCCGCUUCGCGCUUGGCCUGUCGGGAGGCAGCCUUGUCUCGAUGCUGGCCCGCGAGCUGCCCGCCGCCGCCGCUCCCGCCGGGCCUGCCAGUCUCACGCGCUGGACGCUGGGCUUCUGCGAUGAGCGCCUGGUUCCCUUCGAGCACGCCGACAGCACGUACGGCCUCUACCGGACUCAACUGCUCUCCAAGCUGCCCAUCCCUGACAGCCAGGUGAUCACCAUUAAUCCCCAGCUGCCUGUGGAGGAGGCAGCCGAGGACUAUGCCAAGAAACUGAGACAGGCCUUCCAAGGGGACUCCAUUCCAGUUUUCGACCUGCUGAUCCUGGGGGUGGGCCCUGAUGGGCACACCUGCUCACUCUUCCCAGACCAUCCCCUCCUGCAGGAGCGGGAGAAGAUUGUGGCCCCCAUUAGUGACUCCCCGAAGCCACCGCCACAGCGUGUGACCUUCACACUUCCUGUGCUGAAUGCGGCCCGAACUGUCAUCUUUGUGGCGACUGGAGAAGGCAAGGCAGCUGUUCUGAAGCGCAUUUUGGAGGACAAGGAGGAAAACCCGCUCCCUGCUGCCCUAGUCCAGCCCCACACUGGGAAACUCUGCUGGUUCCUGGAUGAGGCAGCAGCCCGGCUCCUGACUGUGCCCUUCGAGAAGCAUUCCACUUUGUAGCUGGUCCUGAGGAAUGCCACAGCUGGGACCAUAUACAGCCUGAGGGAGCUGGGACCUUCCAGGCUGGGCCCCUCCAUCGCCACGCUCCGGGCUUCAUUUUAGAAAAGCCACGUGGUGCUGACAGGGUCCAGUUACCAGCCCUGCCCUGGGGCUCAGGCCACUGGCCCUGGCUCUGGGCGACCCGAUAUUAAAAGGACCAUUUGCUUCAAGUCUUCA